AUGGCCGACUACUUGGGUAUAGUAGCUAUCAUCGUGUUCUACCUGCUGAUCCUGGCAGUGGGCAUUUGGGCGGGCCGCAAGACCGAUUCGCAAAAGACAGAAGAUGGCCAACAAACGGAAGAGGUGUUUCUAGCAGGGCGGAACAUUGGCACGCUGGUGGGCAUCUUCACCAUGACGGGUAGGUAAAACAAUGGAGUAAAACAAUAAAAAAACAAUACUUUGGCACGCUUACGUAGUGGGUGAAGGUAAAAAUUUGAAAAGGGGGGUUCAAAAAACAUGGAAAGGGGGAGAUAAUGUAAAAUUUUAGUUGGAACAAUAGGUUGGCUUAAAAGAAUAUUGUGAUAGGCAGUAGUGAUAUUACCUAUAUAAAAAUUCAUGUUACUUGUCUGAAAAAUUAAACAAUAUAACCCAAGGUAUGGCUAAUAUAAGCCAACACAAACAGAGUCAAAAUAAACACAAUUUUACUUUUUUCACCUUCCUAUAGGUAAAAAACGGCAGUUACGACGUAUUCAUACGAAUUCCGUGCAUUUCUGCCAUUAUUUCUUCGAAAUCCGACUGAAAUAACAGUAUUUUCGGUCAUCAUAAGGUUUAUGAGCUUGUAAAGGGCCAAUCUGUUGCUUGUUAUGGCAUGAAAUGGCCAAGAUUUAUGACAUGAAGGGCACAAUGGUGCAUAAUACAUCAUAUAUAGCAUGGUGCGGACGUAAAGUGAAAUUUUAAAAAUAUGCGUUAAGGGAAUUUGAAAUUAUAGUUAAAAUUACAUUAUCAUAUGAAGGACAUUUAAGAUCGAAAAAUUUUAAAUUUUAAAACUGCGUUUUGUGCUUUUUUCGAUGAUUAGGUAUGAUUUUUACUGAUAAUUGUUAUUCUUAUGUCAUUUGUGACGUAUUUUACAUAAAAAACAUAAAUUUAUGUUACAAAUGAUCGCUGUUUGCCAAUUUAUUACACAAAGUAUUGACUUACAUAGUACGAAGAGUACGAUGAGCCAAAUGAGAGCUCAUUGAGUACACUGAACAGACUUUUCUUUGGAACACCAAUAUUAGACAUUCUUUUUUCACACGAUAUCCAUAUCAAUGAUGUGUAGCUCAACAAAUAUUAGUUUGUUUAAAUAAUUCUGAGUUUUCUAAUUCAGAAAAUUUGCUUUGAGAGGAGGCACACAAUUAUUUUAACAACCUAUUAGUACAACGAAUUUAGUAUUUUGGUCGAAAAAAACAUUAAAACUAAAAAUAAGCAAAUAUGCAGGAUAAUAUCAAGGUCAUUUUACAACUUUAAAAAAUUUUAUGGGCUUUAAAAAAUUUUUUUUUGAAAUUUACAAAAUUUUUUGAAAGGAUAUUUGUCAACUUUUUGAAAUUUAUGCCAUUUUUUCUAAAAUUUAUGUGAAACUAAUAAAAAGUGUUUUUUAUAAAUUCUGGAUAAAAGCCAGCUUUAGACUCUUUGCGGAACUUAAAAUUUGAUUUACAUUUUUACUUUGUCAAUGCGUACACUUUACUAUACACUUUUGACAAAUAUGUUUUCUAGAAAUGCACGAACAUAAACAUAAUAAAAAAGCAAAAAAAAUAUUUGAGGCGUUAUAUAAGGGACGAGCUAAAUACAUCGGAUGGAAAGUAUCAGACAAAAAAUGCAUUCCUUGUCUGAUAUAUUUUCUUCAACGAUCUUUUUUUUCUCUAACUGCCGUCGGCAACGAGAGGAAAAAAAAGAUAGCGGGAAAAUGAGAGACGAAAAUAUCAGACAAGAAAUCGCAUUUUUUGUCUGAUACUUUCCAUCCUAUGUAUUUAGCUCGUCCCUUAUAUUAUGAUUGCUAUAGUUUGUUGAUUAUAAAAAAGGUUUUCUUUUGAAUUAUAUUCGUAAAGUUUCAAAACUCUUUUUAAUUUAAAAAUUACUAACUAGCAAAGUCCUGCCCUCUCAUUGAAUUUAAAGUUUUUGUAUUGAAAGAUAAUGUAAACAUAAUAUCUUCAGAACAGUACUAAAUCGCGUUUUCCAAUCAAUCUCGAGAAAAUCGAGAUCAAAAAAUUACGUUUUGAAUUUUCCACCAAAUUGGCAUUGUGUUUCAAGAUUAUAACUUUGUCAUUUUUUGAUUUUUAGUUAUUUUUCUUCGAUAUACUAGUAGAAAAUCUUUGAUCUUAUUUUGAGUGGGGUAGGUUGGGUACUUUUCUUGUUUGAAGAGUGGAUGGAACUGGUCUGGAAGGGGAGGGAGGGAAAAAAUUUCCCUAUUAGAUACCCACUAUAACUUAAAAUUUUAGCAACAUGGGUCGGUGGAGCGUAUAUAAACGGCACGGCCGAAGCCAUGUACACAUCUGGAGUGUUGGGAUGUCAAGCGCCAUUCGGCUACGCUCUCAGUCUGAUCAUGGGCGGUAUUCUGUUUGCUCGACGGAUGAGAGAAGAAGGCUAUAUUACAAUGUUGGAUCCUUUUCAAGUAAGUGCAAAUAUUGGCUGAGCUUUGUGCUUUUACUGAGCUGAUGGACAACCUAGUACGGGCAGUGUAGGACAAUAGGGGUAUUAUCGUGUACAAGAUAGUACCUACGAUGUAUUAUAGUAAAAUAGAGGUAGUGUCAUGACAUCAUAGUACUUACAAGGAGGUAAAGUAUAGGUACUAUCAUGUACAAAAUAGUACGUAAAAUUUAAUACGUAGAUUUAAUGUAAAUCCAACUUUUAUAAUGUGCACGAUAGGUCUAGUGCUUAAUACUAAAUUUUAUACUUAUAUGAUAUAAAGGUUUACAUUUUUACUCUGAUAAAGUACUAUACCUUCAGAUCAAGUACGGUCAACGAGUAGGUGGUUUAAUGUUCAUACCUGCGCUCCUGGGUGAAGUCUUCUGGAGCGCUGCCAUCUUAUCAGCAUUGGGAGCCACAUUGUCGGUCAUUUUGGAUUGGGACAUGAACAUCUCUGUCGUUAUAUCAGCCUUUGUAGCUGUAGCCUACACAUUCUCUGGCGGACUAUACGCAGUAGCCUAUACUGAUGUUGUACAGCUGUUUUGUAUCUUUAUUGGGCUGGUAAGUUGAAUUUUUAUUUUUUGGAAGGUUUUAGGUGAAGUGUGAUGUUGUAUUGGUAAAGUAUGAUAUAGUUUUGAAAUAUUGAGUAUGAUGUUUGCUGGUACAGUACAUUUGGUGCUGUUUUUUGUUUAGGCUUACACUUUUUGGAAUGGUAAUAUAAGGUAAAGGAUCCUUUUAGUGGUAAAUAAUGUUGUUUUUUGUUUUUAAAACAACUUCUGACGUUUGUUUUGCGGUUUGGAACUUCCUUUGUAGGUCAAUGAUUUGUUUUACAAAGUAAUCGUGUUAAAAUUUGAAGUGUUACAAUAACAUUGAUUAACAGGAGUUAUUUAGUACUAUGUAUGGUAGGGUAGGACUGAAUAGGUAGGGUAAGGUAUUGAAUAGUUGAGUAGGGUGUAUACGUUGGAGUACAUUAAACAGAGGGUAUUGAGUACUAUAUAGGAUAUAACGGGGUAACGGAUAGGAUAGGGUAGGGUAGAGUAAAGUAUUGUAGGGUACGGUAGGAUGGUCGAGUAGAGUACAAUACGUAGGGUAUGGUAAGUUUGGGUAGAGAUUAAGUACUUUUGUUUACAAAAAUAAAAGUAUUUUUAAAUUUGAAUUUGUAUAGCAUAAUGAUGUCAAAAACUCUUUUCCAAAAGUAUAUAGUCUCUACAAUCAUAUUAUGACAGCUAUGCUUAAUAUAAACUUGAAGAAAGAACAAAAGGCACUUUCCCAUAACUUAUUAAUAAACUUUCAGUGGGUGUGUAUACCAGCAGCCUUACUACAAGACAAAACGACUGAUCUUUCACACAAUGCGAUUGCGUGGCUGGGGGAAACCUGCAACGAUCUAGCCACUUGCUCAUUAUGGUGGGACAACAUGUUGUUGUUGAUAUUCGGAGGCAUUCCUUGGCAGGUAGGUUGAGGCAGGGGGUGUAAAUUCAGCUCAAAGGUAUUUAUAAAGGUUCAGUUCGUUCAAAAAGGUCAAAGGGCUGAGAGAAUCUUAUUUUUCCUAAAGAAUAUUGAAAUUCUCUUAUGUUUUUGUUGAUUUUUUAUGAUUAUAUGGUAGAAAAGUCAACAUUUGCGUACUGUAACUUAUAAUAUGGAUACAUUGAAAUUUUUUGCAUACAAAUUCUGCUAUUAAAAUCUCAAUUUAGGUCUACUUUCAACGAGUUUUGUCCUCAAAAACCUCAAAUGGAGCUCAAAACCUAUCGUUUGUGGCAGGCGUAGGCUGUAUCGUUAUGGCCAUCCCCCCGGCUUUAAUCGGUGCCAUAGCCAAGAAUACGGAUUGGCGUUUGACUGACUAUGAGCCAUGGAAGAACGGCACUAAAACCGAGUCAAUUCCGUCUGAAUUCACGAGUAUGGUGGUGCCAUUGGUGUUCCAGUACCUAACUCCAAAGUGGGUCACUUUCAUUGGACUUGGAGCUGUCUCGGCCGCUGUCAUGAGCUCAGCCGACUCAUCAGUGCUUUCCGCAGCUUCGAUGUUGUCGCAUAACAUCUGGAAGCUAAGUAUUCGACCUCAUGUAAGUUGGGAAUUGAGUGUAAUAUAAUUGGAGUUUGUUUUCUUGGUAGUGUAAAAUAAUAUUGCUCAUUUUGGUGUUGAUUUUGAUAGAAAAGCUAUUCGAAUUUAGUUUAUGGGAAGGUUAAAAUACUAUUUUUGGUCUUUCUAUAAACUUUUUGACCUACAAUUACCUUGAAGAUCAAUUACAGGCCUCAGAGAAGGAAGUUAUUGGAGUAAUGAGAUUUGGUAUAGCGAUGGUUGGUAUCAUGGCUACCAUCAUGGCGCUUACAAUUCAAAGUAUCUACGCAUUAUGGUAUCUUUGUGCUGAUCUUGUAUAUGUGAUACUAUUCCCGCAGUUACUUUGUGUAGUUUACUUCCACAGAAGCAACACUUAUGGUUGUUUAUUGGGAUAUACAGGUAGGUAUGGGUCAUUCAGCGGGUUUAUAUCGGAAAUUGAGGUAGUUUUAUUAAUUAUUGUUAUAUGGAGAUUAAAAAAGUGAUCCUGAGGAUUUGAACAAGGUAUAUUAUGUUAGCUUGUUUUAAGUUCUAGCAGAGAUAUGACGAUUUCUUUACAAUUAGACCUAAGUUUGGCUAAAACAAGGUUUUGCUUAAAAUUUAACUCGCUAUGUAAGGUUAUUUUAGUCGGAAUGAUAAUGCGACUAUCUGGCGGAGAACCUCUACUCCACAUCCCAGCCAUGAUCGAGUACCCAAUGUACAGUGAUGGAGCUCAGUACUUUCCCUUCAAGACCUUAUCUAUGCUCCUAUCUCUAUCCUGCUGUAUUGGAGGCAGUCUGGUGUCGGAGUACCUGUUCAAGAAUGGCAUUCUACAACCAGAAUAUGACGUGCUGGCAUGUGUUGUCAACAUCUCGACCGAACGUGUAGUUCUGCCAUCAGACACCAGCUUCAACGUAUCUUCCGAGACCUUGGUUCUUCAGAAGAUGAGGUCUCAAGAGAAUGGGGAAAGCAUACCAUUAACGAAUGGGGACUACGCUCAUCAGGACUACCUUACUGUCUCUAGGUAA